ACAGGAGUGGAGGGGCUGUCCCCAUGGGGCGAAAUGGACUGGUAGAGCGGGUGGAUCCGGCCCAACGAAAACCCCAAGCUUGGCCCAAUCUAGGCCGAAGGGCUGUUUCCGUUACGCUUGGCAAUGUUUCCGUUGUGCAACGGGACACGUGGACGGUGGACCAAGGUGUGGGCCACACAUCACAGUGACAGAGCGUUUCUCUUUCUUUUUUUUUUUGAAUUUUGAGCGUUUCUCUUUUUUUUUUUCUCUUUUUUGAAACAACUGUACGUAGGCCUGGUCACGAGACAUUUGUCCCCCCGUCCCCACCACAGCACACUGGCCCACAGGCCACGUAUUUCGAGCUCAACGUCUCCCUGAGAAGAAGUGCCCCCCGUCCUUGCAUGUUGACCAAACGUAGCCAGUAUCUCACUGACGUGUGGGCCCGAGUUCCACUAACCCCACCCGUCAUUGAAAGUCCGGACACCACCGUGUGCGCCUAGCUUUUCACGCACUUCACCAACUCUCCACACAGUUCGCACCCGGGUUCACACUACAGAGCUCAGAGCUGCAAGCUCUAGCCGGCGAGCUCACCUCGCCCCCUCUGCCUCGGUGCCUCUCCCGGCCCUACUACUGUUCAAGCCCAAACCCUAACCCCUCGGGCCGGCCCAAAUGCCGACGCCGGCGACUGCGCUGCUGCUGUUCCUCGCGGCGGCGGCGGCGGCGUUCCGCGGCGCGACGGCGAAGACGACGAUCGAGCCGUGCGCUGGCGCGGACGCGUGCCCGGCUCUGCUGGGCUACACGCUCUACGCGGACAUGAAGGUGUCCGAGGUGGCGGCGCUCUUCGGCGCCGACCCGGCGGCGGUGCUGGCAGCCAACGCGCUCGACUUCGCCUCUCCGGGCGCCGCCAACCGCAUCCUCCCCAAGGGGACGCCCCUCCGCGUGCCCACCCGCUGCGCCUGCGCCGACGGCGUCCGCAAGUCCGUCGCCGUCCGCUACGCCGCGCGGCCUUCCGACACGCUCGGCUCCAUCGCCGAGGUCGUCUUCGCCGGCCUCCCCUCCGCCGACCAGAUCCGCACCGCCAACGGGCUCGCCGCCGAGGACCCCGACGCGCCGCUCAGCCCGGGCCAGAAGCUCGUCGUCCCGCUCCCCUGCGUCUGCUUCAACUCCACCGACAACAACCUCCCCGCUGUCUACCUCUCCUAUGUCGUGCAGGUCGGGGACACCGUGGAAUCCAUCGCCGCCAGCCAUACAACCACCGUCACUGAUAUCAGCAAUGUGAACGCAAUGGGGAGCCCCAUUGUCGCACCAGGCGACAUCCUUGCCAUACCAUUGCCUGCUUGCGCCUCGGCAUUUCCUAACUCUGCUUCGGACUAUGGAUUGCUUGUGGCAAAUGGAACCUAUGCACUGACUGCUGGGAACUGUGUGGAGUGCAGUUGCGGGCCAGCAGAUCUCAAUUUGUAUUGCACACCGGCUUCACUGACAGCAUCAUGUUCAAGUAUGCAAUGCUCUAAUAGCAGCCUAAUUCUUGGUAAUGUGACCACACAACCCACCACUGGUGGCUGUGGUGUCUCGUCUUGCAACUAUGCUGGCUAUGUCAAUGGAACCAUCGCAACAUCGCUAUCCUCAGGUCUUCAACCCAUGUGUCCAGGACCACAUCAAUUCCCCCCACUCACGGCGGUUCCAACUGUGGCAAACCAUGGGUCUUAUUCUCCAUCACCUGCACCGGGACCUGGAGACGCUGGUGGUGCCAUCCCAGGAGGUUCCGGCGUUUCACCUUCAAAUGGGCCUGCUGGGAACGCCUCGCAAGCCCCUACGAUAAAUCAACCAUGCCGUUUCCUCCUCAUUUUCAUUCUUUCUCUGACAUUGUCCUUGCAGAUGUGGAUUCCUGUGUAGAGUAUUGUUGGCUGUAUUUGUAUUGAACAGGGAAGGCCUCAUUGGGGCCAGGUGGAACCUGAAUGAAGAUUGCAGUAGCCUCUCUUCAUCAGUGUCUGGUGAAACUUUUGGUAUGACUCUGCUUUCUGCAGAUUUUGUAUAUGAAGAAGCCACCCCCAAAUUCAGGAUACAUCCUUCAAGGCAAGGGUCUGAAGGCAGUACGAGAUGGAGGUGGCAAGGUUCAUGUUCCUGAUGGCCUAGUAGCUACAACUCUAUUA